UCUCCUCAGUUCCUGUUCGGUUGUAAUGGUUAUCAACUCCAGUUGCGUUGCAAGUGACGGGUUAUCAAGUGGUUAAUUGGAAAAAUUAAUUGGGGUUUUAAUUAUGUAGGCGAAGUGGUCGCCUGUGGUGAUGAUUCUGGAGGAGUGAAGAGAGGUUUCAACGCGGUUCCUGGCGAGGGGACAUGUACUGCGAGAAGGAGACGCUUGCGGAUCAUCCGAUAUCGAAUAUGAACAAAUCUGUCGAGAAUCUGUUGGUCUCGAGCCACGAGGUAUUGAGCUCGAUCAACUCAUCCUCCAUGGGCAGUGUUUCAUCAUCAAAAUCCCAGAGCGAUCACGGAAAUGAGGACGACAGUCGUCAUGACAAUCUCGGGAGAGGCAGCAGUGAUCACGAGAGAAAUCACGUGCCAAGUCCCAGUGCAUCGCCACAGCCCAGUCCCAAAAACACGAAGAGCAAGAAAUUCCCGUGGAAGAGUCAAGGCUCGAACAGUGGAAAGUCUGGGAGCAAUGAACCCACCGAUAGCUCGACGAAGACUGACGACCAGUCCACGGAGACUGCAAAGGGUUCGUCGGACUCCACCGAGCACAUUCGCCCCUCCAACGACGUCCGCAAGAGCGAGCGUUCGAAGAAAAAGUCAUCCUGGUACAACGUCCUCUAUCCAACGUACAAAUCUCGAUCUGAGGACUUCAAAAGGAUCUUCAAAGACGUUCCAGACGAUGAACGACUCGUAGUAGAUUAUUCCUGUGCCUUACAAAGAGAAAUACUGGUUCACGGCCGCUUAUAUGUCUCUCAAAACUACGUAUGCUUCUACGCUAAUAUAUUCACAUGGGAGACUAUCGUCUCCCUGAGGUGGAAAGACGUUGCCUCAAUUACCAAAGAAAAGACAGCUCUCGUUAUACCAAAUGCAAUAUCAAUAUGUACAGAAACUGAUAAAUUUUUCUUGACUACGUUUGGCGCCAGGGAUAAGAGUUACAUGAUGCUAUUCAAAAUUUGGCAGAACGCUUUAAUUGGUCAGCCCAUGAGCAAUACUGAGAUGUGGCAGCUAGUCCAUACUUGCUACGGAGAGGAAUUGGGCUUGACAUCGGACGAUGAGGAUUAUAUAUCCCCUUCAGCGCAGGAAGAGGAGAAAAUUCCGUCUAGAUUAUCAAUGGAGUCAUUCUCGGAGCCUGACCCCCCCAGCCCCGAUCAGCCGACCUCCCCCUCCCUCCCCGGAACUUCCCCAUCCUUUCCCCCCACCGAUCUGAACCAUGAAGCAACAGAUCAGAGUGACACGACCGAGAGUGACGUAGAAAAGCAAAAUCUCCGCCUAGGUCUCUGUCCCACCUCCGCCUGCACCUCGACCCACGAUGGCCGAACAAUAAUAAACACAACCCUCCCUAUCCACAUUGACCAGCUAUUCACCCUCCUCUUCACGACCUCCAAGUUCUUCCUGGACUUCCACACCGCCCGAAAAACCACCGAUCUCAUUCAGUCCGAGUGGACCCAACACUCCGAGACCAACAAGAAAAUGCGAACAGUCUCCCUGACAGUCUCUCUGACCCAGCCAGUUGGCCCCAGGAAGUCACAGGUCACCGAGACCCAGAUUAUGCUGCCCUGCAGUCGUCCAGGUCACCGUUACUGCAUCGACGUGGAGACGAACAACGCAGGGAUACCCUAUGCAGACUCCUUCAGUGUCUUCACUCACUUCUGCAUUGCAUACGUGUCCGAAUGCGAAACGAGCCUCCAGAUAUUUUCACAGAUUAAAUUCAAGAAGCACGUGUGGGCGGUGAUGAGGGGACUCAUCGAGAAGAACUGCUGGGCAGGGUUGGAGGAGUAUUUCAGCAGUCUGGUGAAGGCGUUGAGCGUCGAGUGCGAGGAGACUUCAGCUGGGAGUGGAAUAAAGAGGAAAACCAAAAGGAGACGACGAGCUGCGGCUGCUAACAAUGCCCUUCAGGCACAUCCACCAGACCUUCUGCCCCUCAAUCUGGCAUCUGCAGUUACGGAAUUACCCCUGAAUUCUGGGAUCAUCAAGCCACGAGAGGAGCCCAUCUCCAUCAUUAACUGGAUCCUGUUGAUUGCUGUUCUGUGUCUGAUGAUCAUCAAUGGACUGCUUUAUUACAAAUUGUGGGGGCUUGAGGAUGCAGCUGCUUAUACUGUGAUGGAUCUUCAUGUGUUGAGAAACACCCCCAAGACCGAGGAGGACUGGGUGCAUCUUCUCCAGCAGCAGGAGAGCCUGCAUAAUGUGGAGAUGAGGAGGUGGCAGAGAAUUCUACAGACUGCUGCGCAACUACUCAAGCAGACUGAGGAGUCACUCACGGAAUUGCAGAAGAGCAUGCAUCCAAUGGCGACGGACAAGAUGUUCUCGGUGCUCAAGCCGAAUUUGAAGGGGUUCUAUGGGGGGGAGGGGGCCCAGAGGCAGCGGGAUGAGAUUUGAGGGGUGAGGGAGGGUCUGGAGGAAGUGCUUGAAAUGGUCACGAAGUCUGAAAAGUCUCUUGAGGUUUGAAAUGCCAGGAAAAACGACUGUUCUGUGUAGUUUUUUGAGUUGAAGGUCGGUUGAGGGGGUCAAAUGGUCUUGCGGGUUUAGUACUUUUGAAGUUGAGGGUCAAACGACCCAUAAGGACAUUUGAAUUUCAGGAUUUAAUUGUCUUGAGGGUCAAACGAUCUUUAAACACGUUUGAAGUUGAGGCUGAAGUGAUUUUGAGGGUCAAAAGCCUUUUAAGGACGUUUGGACUCGAAGGUCAAACCAUCUUGAGGGUCAAACGGGUCAGACCAGAACGAUCGGAAAGGAUCAUUUAAUCCCCAACUAAAACCAAAGAACGUUUCCUGAAAUGCUCUAGUCGUUUUUCCUCAUAUUUCAUUCAUUUCAAGUCGACAAUGAGUGAAUAGCAUCUACGAAUGUUUAAAAAAUGCCCAGACAUUUUUUGAAAAAUGCACUAGUGAUCUACAAGUACAUCACGUUCCACCACUUCCCUCCCGAGUGAUUUGUAAUUAUUUGUAAUUAUUUAACGAAUUAAUUAAUUAUAAGUAUUAUUAUUCUUUUUCUAUCAAUUUUACCUCGUUUAGGGUACAGCUAUCCAGUGAUCCAUGAAUUUAAUUGAGUUUAUUUUGAUUCAGGAUACGAUCACUGAUAAUUUUUGUAAGUUAAAGUAUUUUGUUUUGAUGAAUUUACAUUCUACGAUUUUAUUAGGUAGGGGAAAUCAUUGGAAUUGGGGUAGUAGGGAAUUGUCUUUAGGAAAAAACCAGUGAAUUGUUCUUUGCUUUGUCAUUAGGUAAAACCUGUAGUGCAAUGGUAAAGAUGAAUGACUAAAUUCAAUGCAUUCCCAGGGCGAGUUUCAGAUUAAAAAAUUAUAAAAAACAUUUUCGCCUGAACCUAUGAGGUGUCUAAAUAUUUACGAAACAACCUGCGAAGAUGGGAAUAGUAAAAAACCAGAAUGCAUUUUAAGAAUUUUUUGUCAAUAUAUAUGACAAAAAAUGAUAAAUUGAAAAAAAAAACAUCAAGAGGUUUUUU